CGUGAUCGUAAUCCUACCGCCAAAAUGUCGCAAGUCCACGCCCUGUCCGACGAUCAGGUCGGGCAGGAGCUCCGUAAGAUGACGGCGUUCAUCAAGCAGGAGGCCAUGGAGAAGGCCCGCGAGAUCGAGAUCAAGGCCAACGAGGAGUUCGCCAUCGAAAAGUCCAAGCUGGUGCGCCAGGAGACCGACGCCAUCGACAGCCAGUACGAGAAGAAGUUCAAGCAGGCCACCAUGUCUCAGCAGAUCACCCGGUCGACCGUCGCCAACAAGACACGUCUCAAGGUACUGGGCGCACGCCAGGAGCUGCUGGAUGACAUCUUCGACGCCGCGCAGAAGCGCCUGUCCGAGGGCACCAAGGACAAGAAGAAGUACCAGGAGAUCCUGAAGAACCUGCUCCUCGAGGGCUUCUACGCCUUGCACGAGCCGCAGAUGCAGGUUCGCGCCCGUAAGGCCGAUUACGACGUUGUCAAGAAUGCAAUUGAUGCCGCCGCCAAGGAGUAUAAGCAGAAGGUCGGCUCGGAGAUCAAGGCGACGAUCGACGAAAGCAACCCCAUUGCGGAUGGAAGCGCUGGCGGUGUUGCUAUCCUUGCCGGUGGUGGCAAGAUUGAGAUCGACAACACAUUCGAGGCAAGGUUGUCCAUCCUCAACACCAGUGCAUUGCCUGCGAUGAGGGAGGCCUUGUUUGGAAAGAACCCGAACCGCAAGUUCCGCGACUAA